CUUUCAUACUCCUCUGCUCUUUAACUGUGUUCGUGACUGUGGGCCGAUUACAGUCUGUGGGAGAGUCAUCAGAGGGUCAUGCCACUCAAUGUUGUGUUGGACGGUCCAGCCCCCUGGGGGUUUCGGCUGACAGGAGGAAAGGACUUCAACCAGCCUCUGACCAUCUCCAGGAUCACUCCAGGCAGUAAGGCGUCAGUCGCAAACUUGUGUGCUGGAGACAUCAUCUUGGCCAUCGAGGGUGUCCCCGCCUCAGACAUGCUGCACUGCGAAGCUCAAAACAAGAUCAAGGAGUCCACCAACAGGCUCUGCCUCACUGUUGAAAGGAAUGAAGCAGCUCUGUGGUCACCACGUGUUACGGUGGACGGCAAAGCUCACCCAUAUAAACUUAACCUGGAGGCAGAGCAACAGGAGUAUAAACCCAUUGGCGCUGCUCACAACCGUAAAGCUCAGCCAUUUGUUGCAGCUGCGAACAUCGAUGACAAGCGUCAGGUGGUCAGCACGUCCUACAACACUCCCAUAGGCCUCUACUCCUCAGGGAACAUCCAAGACGCCAUGGAGGGACAGAUCCGAGGCCUGGUCCACCCACGGAAUGCCAGCCCCAGGGCGUUAACUUGCAUCGAGGACUCUGAUGUGUACCGGAUGUUACAGAAAGACCAGGAGGAGCAGCAGGAGCCUCGACAGUCUGGAUCAUUCAAAGCCCUGCAGGAGUUUGUCGACAGCGACGGCACUCGCCCUAUUGUAACCAGGUCAGUUAAAGCACCGACAACCAAACCGACCCCACCCACAGGAAACCUGCAGAAACUGCCUGUCUGUGACAAGUGUGGGAAUGGGAUUGUCGGGACAGUGGUAAAAGCACGCGACAAAUACCGCCACCCCGGCUGCUUCGUGUGCUCCGACUGUGACAUCAACCUCAAACAGAAGGGUUAUUUCUUCGUGGAGGGACAGCUUUACUGUGAGGCCCACGCUCGUGCCAGGAUGAGACCACCAGAGGGACACGACCUCAUCACAACUUAUCCAUCUGCAUAGAUACAGAAAUCUUCCUUUAAUGAACACAAGCACAAGGAUGCACACAUACAACACAAACAUAAGACAGACAGGAGAUAAAUAAAAGAAAAAACUUACAUCGACUUUCUUCUCAAAGAUAUUCCCUCAUUUGGUGUUCAGAUAAUGGAGCUUUUCCAUUCAUUUGAAACCCAUCUGUAUCCAUCAUGUGUGAUUUAAGGGUUGGCCUGAACUUUGAUGUUUGUGUGCAGUAAAUAUUCAGUAAAAAUAAACCCUUUCCUCCGUACAUAUAACAGAAUGAUGAUUGGAUCCAUACAUCACUUCUAGUGUAUUUAGGAACAUGAAUGAACAUGCUAUAGAUGAACUACUCUAUUAUCAAUAGAACCUGACAUAAAUGACAAUAAAAUACACUUUCAUCCAGCCAGUUUCCAACAAUUUCUUAUGUUUUACCUUUUUUUGAUGCCAUAAAUUGGUUUGCAUAUUAAGACAACCCAAAACAUCUACUGAUCUAAACCAUUAACCUCUCCAAAUCCCACCAUUUUGAAAUAAAUACAUUAGUUUCUACAACAAAACAUUCAUCAAUAUAGGCUCACGAUACCUUCUUAGAAAGUUUAGAUUCUCCUCAAUAGAGUCUCUAAGUUUAUUUUAUAGUAUUCAGGGGCACCAAAACAUAAUGAAAGAAUCAUUUUGUGCAUGAAUUCAAGUUGUAUAUUGUAGCCACAUACCACAUGUUCACAGACGCCUUGAAAAAUGUCUUAAAUAAAAAAAAAAAAAAAAAAAAAAAAAAA